CCCCAAAACUGGCAGAACAGCGACAGGAAAGCUCGUUCCUGCGGACGAGAUCCCGGCUGGUGCGAGCUGCCCGUCGGCGACGGCAACGCUCGAUAUCCGUCUCGUCCUCGUGAUCGUCUCCUCGCGUCGUCCGGGCAUGUCUUAUCAUAAACUCGUCUCGCUUCAUCCGACUCGCCCCCACCCACUUUCUCAAAGACCAACUCCAUGUCCGUACCGGCCGUAUCGUUCAGCUACGCUCCAUCCGGGGCCCUCGUCCUUGAGAUCCGCGAACCUUGCCACGGCUGUAAGCACACCCACCCGACCGAGAAGGCGCAAUGGGACGUGAUUAUCCGCGCCACCAGCGCAUGGAUCGCAGAGAACAACCCGGUAUGCCGCCGCUUCUCUGGCGUCCUCCCAUGGGCGAGGACACUGUCGCCGGCGAGUGAGCUCGUCAAGGACAGAGUCGACGCCGGUGCUGGCGCUCUGCCCACGUCCACUGUACCCACAAAGGUUAUCGUCCCCGACCCCGCUCCAAGGUCAGAGCUCCCUAUACGCACGCCUAAGAUCGGCCGCUCAGUCUUCGGCUGCACGACGUGCAAGCAACGCAAGGUCAAGUGUGAUCAGAAGCGGCCCUCGUGCACAAACUGCACUCGCAAAGCUGGACGCAAGUGUGUGUACGAGUACGAGUUUGUCCGCAGGUCGCCCUCGGCUUCUCCUCCGCCAGAGCCUGCACAGGAACCGACCCCAGCACCGGAGACUCCGGCCCCGUCGUCCAGCGAUGUCGGCCUGGCGGACGUAGUCCCCGACACUGCUGACCUGGGGCCAUCUGUACAGUGGCUCCAAGCCACGACUGUAGCCCUGCCAACGGUGGAGGUGGCAGCCACGCCUCUCGGCUCCAUCACCGAUGUUUCUACUGCCGAUCCCAGUCCCGCCGAGAUGGGAGACUCCACGUUGGCAAUCAUGUCCGCUGUGGCUGGGCCCAGCCAGUCAUUCCUCGGAGGGCUCAGCGGACCGCCGGGACAGCUGCUGCCACUAGCAGAGAAGCUCCAGCGCCAAGGCCCAGGGGAGCUGAACACAGACAUCUGGUGCAGACGCACUGACCAGGAAUGGCUGGAGCGCUGUGUCGACACACAUGGUCUGACAUGGUUCAUCGACGCUAGCGAAGUGAUCGACCAGCGUGUUCUGCACUCGCAGCAGAAGAAGACAUGUAACGAUCACCGCCAGACUCUCCUAUCCACAUGCUGGGAUGCGUACCUCUCCUUCCACGGCAAGAUUCCGCUGGUGCUCGAUAACGUCAGCGACCUCGUCUCAACAGCCAUCCUCCAGGCGUUUGUGUCGGUUGGUGCUCAGCACUAUGCGUACUGGGCGAAGCUGCGGAUGAUGCCAUACGAGGACCAUCGGGCAGGUGCCGAGGCAAUGGCCAAGCUGGCGGUCGAAGCCAUCAAGCGAGUGAUUGACGGAGCGGGACCGGAUGGGCUCGACCCAGAGACCGAGGCCAAGGUGCUCAUGGCUCAGAGCAUGGCCUUCACCGGAGGCUGCAUCUCUGGAGAGAAGAGGGGGUUGGAGGCGCUCAACCAGAUGAUCGCUUCAAUAAAUCGGUUUGGUGGGCCUCAGGCGUCCAUGAAGCGCCUAUCUGCCACACCGCGCACCCUCACAAGCGGGCUAGAAGUGGUCUCGGUGACAAUCUGCGACGUGCUCCAAGGCCUGGUGCGCGGCACCCCCAGCGAGCUCGCGCCAGAUGGGAAGGCAGCAUGGAUGGAGGAGUUCCAGCCUUCACACCGCAUUAUCCCAGAAUGCUUUGGCAUCAGCCUAAGCAUGGUGACACUCAUGGUCCAGACUGUCCACGUGCUUUACGGUUCCGAAGCCACCACCGGCGACAUUGGCAACCUCGAACGGCUCAAGACGCUGUACCGGGGCCUAUCCACGACGUCCCUGGUGUCCAUCUACGCCUCUCCGCAGUCGCCUCGCGUGCAGGCAGGUGACCUCGUAUUCCGGCAAACCCUCUGCUGCCUAGUGUACAUGGACGGCUUCAACCUCGGGCCGUCGGAUGCGCUGGUCGUGCGGUCGUCUGAGGCCAUCCUCGAGCUGCUGGUUGAAGCCGUAGCGCAGGGGAUAUACACGGCGCGGUGGCUGCUCCCGAUUGUGGUCGCCGGGGCGCUGUGCGCCUCGGACCGGAGGGACAGUGUCCGCUCGGUGUUUGAGGCCAUGGCGCUUACUUGUGGCUGCGACGACAUUGGCCUAGCGCUGCGGCUCGUCGAGGAGGUGUGGGCCCGCAGAGAUAAGGGCAUGGACAAGUGGUCCUGGCGCGAGGUCAUGGGCGAGGGCGGCGAGUUUGAUGUCAUGUUUCUAUAG